GUUCGCGCGGGGAUAUUCAUGAUCGCACGAUCAAACUCAUCGUACGAUCGUUAUUAAGCAUUUCAUGUGCCAAAUAGGACACUCUUGAAGAUAUCUGUAUGUUUGAACUCGUCGCACGACGAGAACGCAUCGCGCCAUCGUACGAUCGCUGCCAAUUAGGACGCCGCCUAAGGCUGAACUUCACAAACAUCUUUUGCGGACGCAACACAUAACAAGUAUCUGGCGUAACGCACAUCUGAAAACUCCAAUAUUUUUGUUGCCUGGAAGACACGUUGGACUAUAAGAGAUGAAAAGUAUGAAUUUAAAUGGUUUGCCACAAACGGUUUUGGAAGCAAUUAAAACUGGCCAAACUCCAGAAAACAGCGCUAAUAACGAAGAUGAUGAACCGAUUUAUGACCCAGAAAUGUUUUUGAGUGACGAUUCUGCAGAUGAAGAAAAUUUAAAAUUAACUUCAAUUUUUAAAUUACCUAUAUUUUUUAUAAUUAUAAUAAAUGAAUAAAGCUUCUCAUUAA